AAUGUUGCCUCUGACCACAUGAAUCAGGCAUCAAGGAAUCAGGAAUGCCGAUUCAUAGCUUGAAUCUCUAUCGCUUAAUACUAUUCAGUAACCAGUUGCAGAAAUUCUAGAGGCCCGGCUGGUGCCUAGCUUGAACACUUUUCAACGAGGUUGUCUCUUUCUCUGAGACUGAAAAUUAAGGCUUUGACCUCUGCCAAGGAUUAAGCUUAAGCUGGUUUACGUGCUACAGGUAGGUUUGCAUUUUUGUCAACUGUUGGCUGGCGGAAUACUUAUUAAUAGGACAUUCUGUUCAGCGACUGAAGAAAUUUUGACGAGUCGUUAAAAAAGUGACCGCUGAUCUCUGAACACUGAAUCUCAAAAGAAUCAAUCAUUCCUAUUUCGAGACACUGAACAAUUAUUAUUAAUGUACAGCUGGGUGAUCUAAUGAGCCGAUCCGCUCUACAUUUGUACUCGCAUAAUCUUAAAGCCGUACUAUAGAGAGAGAAAGAGCGAGGCGCGAAAAUUAAGCACGGAUUCGGAGCAUCGCAAGGCGGGAUUAAGAUGAUAAAAAUCAGUAGAUUCACCUCUUGUAAAUUCACUGGAACAGCAUACAUCCGUGGUGGUGAAACAGUUGGGAACUUAAGCAGAGACGUUUUUGAGCGAGGACUCUUCGCAUUCGUGGGCAGUUUUUAUGCCAAAAUCCAGUUCAGGUGAAUUAUCUCUAUGCGAGUAAAGAGACUUGAAUAGAUACAUUUAGUGGCGUCAAGGCAUCAUUGAAAGGAAAAAUGCCUCACUUCCGGUUGAGUUCGUCGCUCAAAAACGUCUUUGUUUAUGUUCCCUAAUGUACCCCAACAGAAAACGGUUUGAUAGCAGGUAGUUCGAGAUCAUAAGUAAUCAAAAGAGAAAUUACCGGUAAGACCGCAAAAUCAUUUCAGAUCAGGUCACUGAUAGCCCGGAAUUGAUACAAAUGUUUCUCUGUCAUUGUUAAUCAGCAGGUCUUAAGAGCCUUCGUACAUGUAUUUAUGUAUACAUUCCCCAUGGUUUAUGAUUUCUAGUUCACACGUCACUAGCUACAUUUUUUUGAAUGACUGCAAUAUAGUAAGUCUGAGUGGAUUAUCGACCGAAGUAGUUUUGUAAAAACCUCUUUCUUUGAACAGUCUGGAACAGGGCUAGGCUACACCUAGCAACAGACUCAGCAAACAGUAAACAUAAGUGACUUUAGAACAAAAUACAAGAGCUUCUCACAACAGAAAUUUAUCAGAUAAUAGAUACUACUUUUAAUUAAGGACGCGUGAAUGCGUUUCUUCUCGGUUGUUGCGAGGGCUGCAAUCGCGUGAGACAUUCUGGGGUCUAGGACAGUAGGAAAGUUGGAAACCUCUUCGAAGAUCGCCUGCCCAGUGUAAUGAAGUGCCACAUUAUGAGUGAUCAGUACGGCUCGAGAAGAAUAUAUUCUCGGCUCUAGACUUCGCACCAGCUCACCGCAAAAUUCAAAAUGGCCGCGAAAGAAAGACAUCCGCAAUCUUUAUUUAUUUAUUAUAAUGAAAGCCCCUUGAGAUACAACCAAACAAUUUUUAACGUUAUUGCAGAUUCCACUGCACGUAAAAAAAAAAAGGAAAUUCGGUCAGUUGAGUGUGAAUCUAGGCUCUGAGAGUCUCCAGGGCUUAGGUGUCUCGAUGCACCCGCAGUACUCUCCAGGCUGAUCGAGGUGGGUUGAGUAAAGAUGAUUAAUUAGAUGAUUAAAAUUUAAAUUUUGCUGGGAAAAAGUAGAAAAAAAACUACAAUAAUAUUAGACAAUAGACGUUAAGCACGUUGACCAUCUAGGGUCAGCUUAAAGUUAAAAAAAAACAAUCGUUACUUAAGAAUGUAUUACUAAAUGAUAACCCGAGACUACAACGUGAUCUAACCUAUGACUAAUAGUAAUCUUUUAUAUGUAAAAAGGAAUUCGAUAAAACGUUUUGGCCGUAAUAUUAAUGUUAGGUAACCGUAUUCUUUUGUAUCAUGUUUUGUAGGUAAAGAAUUAAGAAAUUGAAGAAACGGACGUAACUAUGCAGAAAGGACAAAAGAAAAUCAUCCAAAAGAAUUUUGAGGCACUCUUGGAAGAUUUAGACCCAAAUCCGCUGAUGAAUUUUUUAUACCAAGAAGACAUCAUCACUAGAGAUGACAUCGAUGAAAUGGAUUCGAUAAAACCACGUAAAGAAAAGAGUAAGGCCUUACUAUUCACGCUGCAGAGAAGGGGCCCGAAUGCUUUCCUAGCGCUUGUCGAGGGACUAAUAAUAAAAAAGAAACAGUGGCUGGCUACCUUGUUAUUGAAAGAAGGUAGGUGUAAUUAAUUAAUUAAGGCAAAGAUCUCUUCUAGAGGCGUUUGUUACCCUGAAAAUACAAACCGAAAUAAAUAGACGUUCAGUUCCUGAGGAAUGGAACGAGUUGCAGCUCAACAGAUUAGGGAGCCUAACACCCGAAAGCAAGGAGUUAGCGCGCACAUAGACGACGUGGAUUUAACACUUCAAUUUACCAUUUUCCCUUUUAAUAAACUUCUUAAGCUGAUUUAAGAAUAUGAAAAAAAAAAACGCAACACACAAAAAGGCAAACAAAGAAAUUAACAAAGAAAAAAAAUUAUUUGAAAGUAUAAGCCACCCCAGCGCAAAGCAAAGUAACGACUUCUAUUUCAGAGACAACUUUUGGCUUAUACUGGACUGUCCAGCAGCUGUUCAAAAGGUUUUUGCUGCUAGUAGUUACUUCAAUUUAUCUACAUGUAUCUUCACUUGAGACCCUUUUUUAAAUUUGGCUUCAAAUUGGCUCUUUAAAAAAAACUUUGCUUUGAAAGAGCUCGUGCUAGCCGAGUUUCUGCACUAUACCCAGUGUGAGACGUAAAAGCGAUCUAUGACAAAGUAGACUUGCUAAUCUGUCUGCCAGUUAGCAUAUGAAUAAUAAAUAAACAUCAUGAUCAUGUUGUUCAUGUUGCAGUUAAUUUUUUACUUUGGUUAAUUUUUAUUUUUCCAUUGUUUUUCGGUAUGGUAAUGUAUGCUAACGAAUUUCAAACAUAGGAAAAAUAAAAAUUAACCGAAAUAAAAAAUUAGCUGAAACAUACACGAAUGCAAUUAAUUCCAGACCCUGUCCCAAGUAACAUGCUAUACUGACGGAAAGAGCUUUUUCGUCAGAAAUCACCCUAAAAAAGAAAAAAGAAUCAAAGAGGAAAAUAGAGAGAUUGAGGGGAAAGAAUGGAGGCAAAGGAUAAAAAAACAUAUUUGCCCUCUUGAUUUCUAUAUUGGCUACUUUGAAAAUAAAUUCUGAACAAAACGCGGGGGACGACUGCUUGACGGAAGAAGUCUAUGGCAGUAACGGCCUCAAAAUCCAGCUAGAUGAUUCUGCAAAACGAUUGUUGGUUAAUUGGAGGCCCAGCAAUGACACGGCCAUUUGCUAGUGCAGAAUGCCGGGCAGACUUCAAAAGACGACUGGCUGAAUUCUUUGGAAUUAUCUAGCAGGAUGUUCGAAAACGUAACGAAAAUCACAGUUAGAAAGAAAAAGGGGAAAAAUAGGACUGAAAGGCAAAUACAAAGAAAAGGAAGUGAAGAAAAUUUAACAAGAGAAAGAAGAAAUAAACUGGAUUUUUCACCAUUAUAAUUAAGACAUUGAAAUUACAUUUGAAUAGCGACAACUACCAAUGAGAGUCUUACGUUAUAUCUAACAGUUUUGUAUCUAAUUUUUUUUCUUUAGAAAGACAGCGACUCUCUGGAGAAGGAGUAGAAGAAACAAUGACCUCUGAGGGCGAAGAAGCGGAAAGUGAAAAGGAGGAUGAGUCUGGAAAAACGACGAUGGAGUUAAAAAGCCAACUGGAGGAUGUGAACAAUCGAUUACAGCUUGCUGAAAGGGAAAGAAAUCAAUAUGCUAACAAGUGCCAUGAUUUGGAAAAACAGAUAGAGAGUUCUGAAGAGAUGAGGAAAGAUCUUUUAAAAAAAUGUAAUGACUUAGAACAGCAGUUAAUUUUGAAAGAAAGUGAAUGGUCAUGGAAAUGGGAAAAAGAUUUCGAAAAAAUGAAUGAACAAAAAAAUUUGAACAGUCCAAACCCGAGUCAUGGGAAGAGAACUUCUCCAUCAGGAUCUGGGGAAGGCUGCUUUGAAGGUACGAAACACAAAUUAAUAAAUCUGUUUUAAAUUUUUGUGUAAGUCAACUUUCUCUCUCGCAUGCACGACUUUUAGCGUUUACGAAGUCGUUCGAUUCGCUUGUCAGUUGCGUAGUUGGUUUGUUAACGACGCGACUGACAAGCGACGCGCCCGAACGACUUUGUAAACGCUAAAAGCCAUGAAAGAGAGAAACCACCGCUCACAGUUGUGUGGUUUAUGCGUUUCGGAACACAAGGUUAGCUGUAUGCAACAUGCAUUUUUGAAAUAUAUCCACUGAUUUUUGGGUUCUAUGACGCCCUUGGUAGGAACAUGAUAAUAUGAUGCUGUUCCUUCUGAAAGUCGGUUUUUAACUCAAUCGGUUCAGUUUGAAAAUGUGACCGUAGUUUAUCACAGUUGGAAGAGUAUAAGUAAAGCUCGAUAUUUGAAAGCUUCGUUUUCUUUUGGCAACAGACCAAAGGCAUAUUUUUGCUCUUCCUAGCUGACAUCACUCACUGUUGGAAAUGACACAAAGGCUAUUUAUCCUUCUGAACAUGCCUGGAACAUUGGUGUUAUAUUUGACAGUACUUUAAAAUGACGUUAUCCAAACAGGUUAAUGCCAUAGUUAAAUCUGCUUUUUACAACCUACAUAACAUUGCUAAAAUUAGGCAAUACUUAUCUUUUGAUACAGCGAAAACUUAUUUAGUUGUUGCGUUAGUUCUAUAUCGAAAAUAGACUAUUGUAACUCAUUGUUUUUUUCGGUAUGGUGCACCUAAGCAUUUGGUUGCCGAGGUUGCAGAACGUUCAGAAUGUUGCUGCACGUAUUAUUGUUAGACUGGGAAAAAUGCUCACAUUACUCUUGUUUUGAAAGAGCUUCACUGGCUGCUAGUAGACCUGAGAAUAGUUUAUAAUAUAAAUUUGCUUACUUUUAAAUAUAUUAAUGAAUAGCCCCUAAGUAUUUACAAGACUAUGGACGUCGGCAAGCCUUAUAGAUUGAGCUUCUUAACUGAUGGGAUUAGACUGAACCUGCCUCUGUAUGGAUCCGGACUGAGGUCCUUUUCUGUUUGUGGUCCAGAGCUAUGGAACGAACUUCCAUCUGCGCGCUAUAGAUAAAGCUAAGAACACAUCUAAUAAUUUUAAGUAGUUUUUGUUAAUCAGUUUUUAUUUAAUGAUUUAACAUUCAUAGGUUGAAAAUGGUAAAGCGCUUAGAACAAUUUGUAUAGAGCGGUUUUCACUUGACUGUCGAAAGGGAUUGGUUUUGGUUUUGGUUUUGGUUUUACUACGCCCUUUGGUUGGCUAGUGUAUUUACUUUGGUUUUGGUUUUACGACAGUCAAGUGAAAACCGCUCUAUAAGCCCAUGUUAGUUAUUAUUAUUACUAUUAUUAUUAUUGUUUGAGGGACAAGCUUACGAGUUCAAAAACAGCAACCCUGAAUAUCUGUGAGGGCUUUGAUCUUUUACUUUAAACAAACACUUUGCCUGAUAUUUUACUGAUUUUUAUAGAAACAAGUUGUUGUAUCAGUCAGAGAGAACAGACUCGAAGACACCCCGAUGAAGUAAAUGAAAUAGGUCGCAACUCUCACAUCCAACACAACCAACACAACCACCACAACCCCCACAAGCAGCACAGCUAACACAACCAACCUUAGGCUAUGUCAGUGGCGGAUCCAGGGGAGGGGCCGGGGGGGGCCCGAGCCUCUCCCUUAUUUUUAGACCAAACUGAGGUCCGAAGGGCCGAAAAAAAACUUUUGGGACACUGCCCGCCCCUUUUCUCUGGGUCUGGAUGACCAGCCCCCCCUCCCCUAUCUGAAGGUCUGGAUCCGCCACUGUAUGUUCAAACUGAUACCGGAGAGCUUUCGUGCCGACAUGAACGACGAUGUGAACAGCUACGGUACAGAACUGCAACGAGUGUGACAGAAACCUAUUCGAUAUGCGACCGGCAACGCGGCGCAGUUUCGCUCCGUUAAAAAAAACGCUGCGAAAUCACCGCUAUUAUAUGUGAGCACUGCAGCCCUAUAUCCGGUAAAUGGGAGUUUCGUCUCCCUCGGCGCAAUAGCUUUCCUAAAGAGCCAUAAUGAGACAGGUCCCAUUAUGGCUCUUGCUAUCCAGUAUAGUAUAAAAAAUAUAGCUUAACCAAUGACGUGCGCAUGUGAUUAUUUUUCCGGUAGAAACAAAACAGCUGUUGAACGAGAUGCGUGACAUAAAUUUCAACGGUCCAAGCACUAGUCAUGAGAGAAGCAGUUCUGCAUCAGACUUUGGGGAAAGUGACUUUCAAGGUAACCAGCACAAAUGAUUUUCUUUCAUGUUUUGCUUCCCACCUAUGUAAGUUAGAUCCCUUUCGCAGAUACUUCCUUCCUUUAGUUUGUCUACCGCCCGACAAACACCCUAACAGGAGCUCUUACGAACAUCAGUGAUUAAUAUUAAUAGUGGUUAAUUGUCUUCAAAGAAGUUUAAUUUUGUAACCCGACAGGCGUAAGUUGGGGUGUCAGUAUACACGCGGGCUCGGGGGCCGGGGUCAAUCUUUUCUAAAAGAAUGCUGAUUUAGGGUGAAGGUUAGGGUUGACACUUACCCGAACCCUAAUCCUAAAGCAGCAUUCUUUAAAAAAAAAGAUAGACCCCAGCCCGGGGCCCGAGUCUGCGUUUUACGGACACACAAUAAGGCCAUUUCCGACUUCCAAAAUAUUUCAACUUUCAAAACUAGGCUAAAUAUAAAACCUUUAUUGUGGAAAUGAGAUUUAUUUGCAUGAGAAAAAAUCCUUUUCAUAUCACUGGUUUCACACUCGGCCUCUGUUGUGAAACAGCGGCUUAAAGCAACUCGGAAAUGGUCUAUUGGGGUGUUCCUAUGAUAGGUCGUUCUUAACAUAAAUAAGCAAGGGAUGAGGUUAUGGCCAAAUUUAAAAUGAAAGAUUUCCUUGCAGGUGAAAAUACGAGUCGAAAUGAUAUUAGUAUGGGUGACAAACAGCAGGAUAUUUGGCGUCGUACCUGGCCCACACUAAGAAAGGAUCUUGAACCUAUAAAGCUAUUACCAGAUUUGGUAGAUGUGUUGGACCCCACAGACGAGGAAGAAAUUAAAGCGAGUUCGAGAAAAACGCGAGAAGAUGCAGCUGAUAAGCUCCUGGAGAUUCUACCCAGGAAAGGACAGAGGGCUUUUGACGUGUUUGAGAGAGCAUUGAAAAAAAACCUGCCUCAUUUAGCUUUCCAUUUAGGUGAGUGAUUAAAUGUAUACCUAACCGAUUUUUUGAAAACCAGCCUAACGGAAUUUGCAGUCAUUUGAGUGAAAAGGCUCCAUGCUUAAGCCCAAGAAGCUCCAAUAUCACACUAACGAAGGAAAAGGAAAAGAGAAAGAGAAAGAGCGAGGAGAAGGAAAGGGGGAGAAGGAAAAAAAAGCAAUUGUUACACUCUUAGUUUUUAUAAUGGCUACUUUGGACAUAGUUUUUGGCCGAAAAAACUGUUGGACGCAAAAGGUCAGUUUUGGCGGUAACGAUUUUUUAAAUAUAUAUAAAAUUUACAUCGCGCCAACAGUUACAUAAAAAGAAUGAACGAAUACACCUUAUAAGUCAGAUAAAAUGGUUAAAAACAGAGUAUAGAAUUACUAAACUAGCAAACAUUAGCGAAAUUAAUUAGUUGAGACGCCUAUCGUAGGCGCACAUUGGCCUGCGUGAUGCAGAUGACUGUUAAAUAUUAUUCAUGCUAAUUAUAGUGACUUGCAUCCAAAGAAAUAGAGUGAAAGAGAAAAAGGUGUAUUUGUUCGUCAAUCUAGAUGUUACUUGGUUCGAAAACGGUUUCCCUUUUUAUUGCAUUUUGAGGGAGAUGCGACAUUCUCGCGCUUCCUUGAGAAUUUGUGCCUCCAAUUUGGCAACUGCACCGAAAUCGCCCCCAUAAUUAUACCUUAGUCGUGGAUAAUAAUAUAUAAAAGUUAAAAGCAGACCUUUGAAAUGCUCUAACAUUACUGAGGUGUCGUACAAUGGCAGUGGCAAUAAAUUCCGACUUUACGAAAGUCAAGCACACUUAACGUCCUUAACCAAGGUGAAAAUGUGAAGACCCGGAAAAACUUGACCAUACUAUUUGUAGUCAGAAAUUCAUAGCUCAAGACCACGUAAUUGCUGCGGUCAUUUGGGUUCCACAUUACAUGCAAUAAAUACAAAGAACGAGGGAAGACUAGACUGUGUGAACUGUGAAUUUUAGGUAGUUACUUAAAUAAUUACUCUUCAACGUCUUCUGGGUUAUCCGUCCGCCAUUUUGUCUUGUUUGGUCGGUGACGACUUUCCACAAACUAAAUCAUGGCGUGAUGGGCUUAGCCGGUAAAAAAUUUCUCCUUGGAGGUACUGGAAAUGAUAAAAGAAUCAGGCUGCUUAAGUCAAUUCAUGCUGUUGCCUCGGGCAGGGAAAACGUAUAAAUUUGAACAAACUAAGGGGUACUGGGGCAUGAAAAGGCUUGAAAUGCUUCUAAAUCAUUUUAUUGCCACUAGAAGUCGUGAAACUGAUAAAAAGGGUGGUACCACGUGAAAAAGUCUAAAAUAAGAGCCGUUUUAUAGACAAAAAUUACUAUCAGAAAAAAAGAAAAACAGUGAAGAAAAGGAAAGAAUCUUCUUGCAGCCGCAUUUUAAACUCUUUGAUCGAUUUGAGCGAUUAAUGCAGUAAAUGUUCUUCAACAUCUUGCUGGCCAAACGUAGAAAAGUUCCCCAUCCUACUUACUAAAUAAAACAGACUCAUUUUUUGGGCUAAACAUUCAGGCUAUGCUUUUAUCCCAUCUAUCCUUACGCACGCGACCUUACUGCCAUUGUCAUACGUUUUGAUUGAGAAGAAUUUAUAUCAAUGUUUGUGUUUUCUAUUUUAUAAACAGAAAUGGAAGAUAUGAAGACACAACUGAACCAGGAAAGAGCACAGAACGCAGAAGUAAGAAAGGAGAAUCAAAAACUGAAAAUGGAGUUAGAAAAAGAGCGACAAAGACACAAAAAUACAAAAGAGGAAAGUUAUUGUUAA